AUGGAGGCGCCCCAAGAGCUGCCAAACCCCGUCCAAAAACGCACGAUGACGGCGGCGGUGGCGUCGGCUUCCGCUGCGGUGAUCGAACUCAACGACAUCACGCCCGCCGCCGACGCCAGCAGCAGCACCACAACCCCUGCCACCUACAUUGAAAACGCGGGCGGUGGCAUCGUCGACAGGGCAGGGUGGGGGAGAGGUGCCGUGGCGGGCAGGGCAAGGCUGGAAGAGAUCAAGCAGAUAGGAGCGCUCUACACACCAUCUCCAAUGGACGAGUCGCAGCCAGCGGCAGGGGCGGAGCCGCCGGAGCGACGACGAAGCAACACCUCCGACACAGGCAGCGCCACCGCCGCCGCCCCGCCUCCCGCUAUCGCUUUCCCGCGGCGGUGGGCGCGCAUGCUGCGAAGGAGCGUCACCGGUCACAGCCCGAAGGAGCACUCACGCCCUAGAGAAGGCGUGUUCAUCUCAGGCUCUCUCUCCACCGUCUCCAGGGGGAGCUCCCGGGGCGCGUCCACCACGUCGAACAGGUUGGACCGCAUCAUCCUCGCGGGGAAGUCGCCGCACCACAAGAUGCCCGAAGAGGAGAGGCGAAGCUUGGGCGUCUUCCCGGCUGAAUUUCCUCUCGACAGAAGGCGGGCAACCGAGUUGGCCCUCAUCAAGAAGUUCGACAGGCCUACCAUCAACCCCCACGUCGGAGAGUUUUGGUUUGUGAUCGACGCAAAGUGGAUCAAUUCCUGGGUGAAGUUUGUCAUGGGACAGGCGAGCGCGCCGGGGCCUAUCAGCAACCUCAACCUCUACCCACCGGACGGCGACGGCGACCAGUCCACCUCCGCAAAAUCUCUCGUGUGGUUUAUUUUCCAAGAAAUUUACGGCACCGACGAAGCACCCGGUAUCUGCAGGUAA